AUGGCUACAAAGACCUCAACCACACUUGCUCUAUUCCUAGUCAUCAAUCUUCUCUUCCUCAACCUCAUGACCCUCGCAGAUGGGAUGACUUGCCCAAGAGACGCUCUCAAACUUUCGUCAUGCGCGAAUGUUCUCAACCUUAUCAACCUGAAUCUUGGCGCACCAGAAAUGAGACCUUGUUGCUCUAUUCUCUUUGGUCUAAUUGAUCUUGAUGUUGCAGUUUGCCAUUGCAGCGCGUUAAAGCUCAGCAUACUCGGCAUCAGUAUCGACACUCCUAUUCACCUUAACUUGGCUCUCAACGCCUGUGGAGGAACCCUUCCCGAUGGAUUUCAAUGCCCAACAUAG